CUGAUUGGUGGAGAGCUGUUCUUCAUGUACAGUUGUGGGAACGCCCCUCCUGCCUCUCUACUCGUCUCACCUGACCAGGUGUCUGACGGCCGGUGGCACAGCGUCCUGCUGGAGGUGAACUCCUCCGCCCUGAGGCUGACCCUGGACCGGCAGCACCCGGCCUCCUCCGCCCUUCCCGACCCGUGCCGGAUGAUGCGCUCUCACGGCGCUCUGCUCUUUGCUCAGGACCCGGUUCCACAGGUCCGGGGUCGGCCACAGAGCUUUGUUGGCUGCCUGGAAAACCUGGAGCUGAACGGGGAGCGGAUCGGAGCGGGGGAGGCGGAGGAGUGGACAGGGUCAGGGAGGAGGAGAGUGUUCGGGGUUUACAGGUGCUGCAGCAGAACGGCGGCCUGCGACAACAACCCCUGUCAGAACGGAGGCGUCUGUGAGGAGGACGCUGCCGGAGAGCCUCGCUGCAGGUGUUCAGGACUCUUCCACGGCGCACGCUGCGGAGGCUGCCCGACAACCCCUGUUCCUCCCAGCCCUGCGCCCACGCCGGGGUGUCACAACCAGGUGGAGGUGUGUUCACCUAAUCCCUGUCCUGGAGGCUUCAACUGUAAAGUCACUGACGGCUCCAUUCACUGUGACCCUCUGCCUCAGGUGAACCCGAUGAUCGGCUACAUGGAGAUCAUGGAGAUCAGCGCCAGCGUUCUGGGUUUACUCUUCCUGGUUGGUGUCUUCAUUUGCAUCAGGAAACGUUAUGUUCAGCACAAGAAGAAGAAGCCCGUCUGCGUCCAGGACUCCAACGGGUAUUUCCAGCCCAGUUUGGCCAAAAGUCGCUCCGCCCCCGCAGCCAGAUCGGAUCGUCUGGAGGCGGGGUUUCCAACUCCAAAGACGCAGGGGCCGGUGGUGUGCAGCGUGGCCCCCAACCUCCCGGCCCGGCCCCCGUCCUGCUCAGACAACGACUCCAUCAGGAAGAACCACUGGGACAUGGACUAUGAAGUCUACCCUGCAGAUCCGGAUUAUUACGGCCGUCCGUCCGUCCAGGAGUUCCCUCAGUUCGACAUCGUGGAGGACACCUACUCCUCCUCCACCAUGGACUCCAGGAGGAACUCUCGAUUCGGCGGCUUCCCGUUUCCUCUGGACCGCUGCGACCGCCGUGCCCCACUCCCUCCGUGCUACAGCAACCAGAACCUGGACGACUUCCUGGGUCCGGAUGGGCUGCCCCUCCCCAGCCCCCAGUGCCCCAACGAGUACACAGCCAUCAGCUACUACCCCACCCAGCAUGCCCGCAGCCUGGACAACGUGUCCACAGGAUACAAGAGGCUGAGCAUGAGGCUCAGCGUCGCCAUGCCAUCGUACGCCGAGCAGGCCGGCCCGCCGCCGCCCAACCCUGCCCAGCCUCAGACACGACCCGCGGGGCAGAACCCCCGCAGCUUUGACGGGUCCAGCAUGGUGGAGAGCGACUACGGCAGCUGUGAGGAGGUGAUGUUUUAGGGCGGAAGCGGCAGCUCAGAGAUGAAAGUGACGUCUCGCUGAUCCUCAUUUCCUCAGAGGAUAAAGUUCAGCUGAAGUGCAGCUCCGUCUGAGAGGAGGUGAAACCCUCAACAGUAUUACUGACUCAACACCUUGUGAACUUCCUGCCUCUGAGAGGAGGCGUCUCCAAACAUUUCUCCUCCCAACACAAACUCGUUGAUCCGCUGGAGUUCGACAGGAGACGACUCCGAUCAAACCCUGAUCCAGAGAUCUGAUCAGCUUCAUCACUGUCAGCUUUAAGCUGCAACUUCUGUUUCUCAACACGAACACAUUUCACUGAACUCCUUGAUGAGAAGAGGCUGGAUCCUCACAGACAUAUAGACAGUGUCAGGGUGGUGUUGGUGCUGUAGAUGUAUUUUACCUGUUAGUGACUGUGAACUCGUCUCCUGGCUUUAAUCAGUGUGAACUGGACCACAGUGUUUCCUCUGGUGGAGAUAUUCGUGUUAGUGAUCAGGCUCUGCUCUGGGAGAAAGAGAAUUCUUUCAUGUUUCUGCAGCGAGACAGAAAAAUGUCUACACAGCCAUUUUAAAUGGUGUAAAUAUACAGAACACAGCAGAUUCAGAAGUCUGUGUUCAAACAGCAGUUUAUAACAAAUCAUCAACAACAAUCAACUAUCAUAAUUAAUCUAUUGAUUAUCAUCCUGAUCAGUCAUUAAAAAUGGCAACCACUUUUGUCUUUAAACAGAUUGUUAACAUUUAAACAUCUGAGGAGUUGGAAUCAGAAAAUGUUCAAACAACAGUUCAGUUGUUCUAAGUUUAUAAAAAAGAAAAUCUGACUUCACAACAACAUUAAACACAAUAAUCACAAAGACUUUAACUUGAAAACAGACUGAAGGUUCCUGAUUCAGCUGAAGAAGAAAAUCAACGUCUGUUCAAACCCGAGCUGCAGAAAAAUUUAAAGAGAAAGUCUGUUCAGCUCCAGUUAAAUUAGAACAUCUCACCUUCUGUCUCCAACAUACGGCUUCCUGUCUGCACUCUGCGCUAAGCUAACAGCUUACAGAGCUGCAGUUUUCCUUUCAAUAAAAACACCUCAAAGUUUAAAGAAAUCUAAAAAACAUCAAGACUUUGACUCGUCUGAUGGAUCAUGUUUCACUGAUCAGAGAAAACAGAGGGAACACUAAACUGAAUGAAUCAGUCACAGUGAUAAACUGAGUUUAAACCCUAAAGGUCAAAGGUCAUUUCCUCUUCACUCUGACCGGUGAACUGAUGUUUAAUGUGGUUUACCUUUGAUGUGAUGCUGUGCAGGUGUUGUGUUGUAAACAGUCUGUGCCUGUUGUUGAAUGUUCAUUGAUAAAGUUUAUUUUUGUAUUAAUGUGGGUCUCCCCAUGUUCUGCUCUGCUGUUUCUCUGUGAGAGAUUUUAUUAUGACUCCACCCUGUUUCUGUUUUUCACUGUAAAGAGAAUAAAGAUGUUCUAUCACACUAA